UUCGGUAGUCUCCCAGGUGAGAUCGCCACAAACCGAGAAUCGAAAGGUCUUCCUGAAAGGAGUAAAGAGGUUAACACCAAGACAGAGAUGAGGCUGGAUAGUAGAUCGUUGUUUUGUCGAUGUUAAAGUUCACGCUUAUCGCGCGGACAACGGUGAUUUUGCAAGAAGUGUCGCGCAUUCCUGCAGAAGAUUAGCAGUGAGGUUGGUUGGUGAAAAAAAAAUUGUGCCGGAUUUGGUUUGAGGAGAACUGCUGGAGAAGGCAAGAUGAUUUCUCAGAUCGUCUCCCUAACACCAGACAAAUUAGCAAUAGUCCUGAUCAUCCUCCUAAUCUACUACCUGGACUAUCGACCACCAUGGUGGAACAGAACUGAGAAGAAACGUCAAACAAUCCCAGGGCCAAAACCAAUCCCUCUUUUUGGUACCAACUGGCUCUUCUACUUGGGCUGUUACAACAUCCACAAGAUCAGAGAUUUCUACAUGGCCAUGUACAAAAAAUACGGACCAAUCGUCAAGCAAGAAACAUACUUCAACUUCCCUAUAUACAGCGUGUUCGAGAGGAAGGACAUCGAGAAGGUUCUCAAGGUUCCAAGCAAGUACCCUUUGAGGCCAGCUUCAGAGGCGGUGAUAGCUUAUAGGGCUUCUAGACCAGAUAGAUAUGCCAGUGCUGGUAUAACCAACACACAAGGUGAAACUUGGCAUUACUUGAGGACAACCCUAACGCCACCACUGAUCAGCCCUAAGACAAUGUCCAGCUUCGUGACAGAAGUUAACAGUUUAGCAGAAGACUGGGUGAGUUACCUGGGAAGAAUCAGAGGUCCUGACAACCAAAUCAAGGACUUGGCAGAGAUUGUCGUACCACUUUGCAUAGAAACCACCUUGGACUUGGUUUUAGGCAGGAGACUGGGUUUCUUAAGCCCAAACCCAAUAUCUAGCAAGAGUCGACAACUAGUAGAAGCCUUGGAAGGCCACUUCGUCGGCUUGAGAGACACCCAAUUCAACUUCCCCUGGUGGAAAUUCUUCCCAACCAAAGCCUACAAGACUUUAACCACAUGCGAGAACUACAUCUACGAGACUGUCUUGGAGAUGGUAGCGGAGUAUGCUGAUGAAGAAGGUGAAGAAACUGUCUAUAAGUCACUCCUGAAGGCUGACAUAGACCAAAGAGAGAAAACUGGCGCCAUCAUCGAUUACAUCUCUGCAGGUAUCCACACCUUGAAGAACAGCCUGAUAUUCCUCUUCCAUUUGGUGGCAGAACAUCCAGAGCUUCAAGGGAAGAUUGGUGCAGAUUUGAGCUAUGCCAAAGCUUGCAUGCAUGAAGCUUUUAGGCUUCUUCCUACCGCCACUCCGUUAAGCAGGAUACUCGACCAGGACAUGGAGCUAGGUGGUCACCAAGUUAAAACUGGUAGCAUAGUUCUUUGCCAUGGUGAUAUAGCGAGUAGGAAUGAAGAAAACUUCGAAAGACCUGAUGAAUUCCUUCCAGAAAGGUGGUUAGGUGAUGACAAACACAAGAACAUUUCAGCUGGCACGUAUAUUAUGAUUCCUUUUGGAGCUGGAAGAAGGAUAUGUCCAGGAAAAAGGUUCAUAGAGUUGGUAUUGCCAAUUUUUCUGCAGAAGACCGUGAAGAAAUUCGAGUUGACCACAGAGCAUAAGAUGGAGGUUGAGUUUCAGUUCCUUACAGCACCAAAAGGUGCUGUUUCGAUUAAAUUGACUGAUAGAGACUGAUGAUGUUGUUAGACAAUGUGAUGAUGAUUCGAUUUUAUUGGAUCGAAAAAUGAUAAUUUUGGUGGCUAGAUUUUAUUAGAAAUAUAUUAUAUUAGGAUA